AUGACUGAAGUCAUGGCCCAGCAAGGAGUUACCCUUGCCGCUCCUUCAUCGCGACACGAUGUCGUCAGCGAGCUCUUAGACAACUAUACAUGCGGGGACUCCUACGACGCAGAGGACGUGUCGCCAAAGUCGAGUCUAGCACCUGCGUUCAAGGAGCUCCCCUCACCUCCACCGCGAACAGACAGCCUCAGAGACCCAAAGGCAAAAGCUAUUCAGCGAAUGCACACCAAGUUUCAAUUGAGAGAAGACGAUGAUUCAUCUAUUUCCUCGCAUGGCUCACGCAACGGCUCGUUAGAUCAAACACCCAGAACGCGCAUCACAUCACGCAGCCUCUCUCGCAGCGGAACACCACCUUCCCUCAAGCUUUUUGUCAGUAACGGAGCAACCGCCCACAUCCCGCCUACUCCCAUUGUCUACGCACCAGUAAAGCCACUUCCAUCCUCAGUCGUUCCCGAUACUAAAGAGUUACCACCGCCGCCACCUGAACGCUCCAUCAAGCGAAAGGAAGUCCAAGCCGCGGUUAUGGGCCACAAGCCUUCGAAAAGCGAGCUGGAGCGAAACGACUCAUUCCACUCUCAGAGCGAAGGCAGAUCCUCGAUCAUGGGUCAGUCUGAAACUGCUGCUGCUGCACCACCAGUGAAGCGAAAGGCUGUUCCUGGAGCAGGCGUCAAGAAAUUUGUCAGUUUGCUCGAGCUGCACAAUAGACCCCGUGGUGACAAACCUGCUGCUGCUCCUACGUCCGCGCCUCGAAAGAUAAGCGCUGACCAGGAGGUUGGCGUCGUUCCCAGCUCGAACGCCGCACCCAGCAAGAUACCAGUCAGGAAGGAGGCUGCUGCCAGCAACCAACUACCACCCACACCACCAGAGAAGAAAUCUGUACCUUCGCCGCCCCGCAAGGCCCUUGUGGGCGUUGGCUUGCCAUCAAACCCUCGUACCAAGCAACCGAUGUCACCUCUUCACACCCGCGGUAAGAGCAGCACGGGUUUCAACAUCCUGAAGGCCCAAAGACCCGCUCCCCCCAUUCCAACAAUGCGAAAGGAGGCCGCCACGCCUGAGAUGACUCCAUCUCCAACCUUGAAGCCCGAAAUCCGUAUGGACAACGAAAUCUCCCCCAUGAAGCCUCUCCCACCUCCAACCGAGAACCGCCGACUGUUUAGUUACGGGGGACCUGGCGAACAGCAGCAGGGUUCGCUCAAGCAGAAGGAUGGACAGCAAGAAACCCAGCAACUUGAUGAGAAGAAGAUUGAGCAACAGAAGCAGGGGGAUGAGACCAAACAGCUUGCACCCCCAACCGCCGAUCCAACACCCUCAUCUCACUCCGCCUUCCCCCUGCGAACAACGUCCCUCGACCCUCCCGAGUCCAGUCCGGCUAUCCGACCUUCAACUGCCCCAACAUCGCAAUCAAGCUUCGCCACUACGCAUCCCUCGCUCUCCACGCACAUACUCGCACCCACUCUCCCCGAGGAAAGCUCAGCCUCUGCCUACACCUCCAUCCCAGAACCACCCUUUAUCCCGCUCACACGCCAGCCAAUCCCUCUCUGCAUCAACCUAAUCCCACGCAUCACCGCCUCGCAACUUUCCUGCUACACCCAACACAAAACGAACGUGUGGUCGAAUAACGUGUUCCAGCCCAUGGGCUGCAUGAUUUGUCAUGCGAAUGAGAAGGAUCAGAAGUUUGUCUGUACGUGGUGUCAGCUACGCAUCUGUCGUGGAUGCAGUGAGGAGCUUAUGAUGGUUCCUGGAAGGGAUCUGGGGAGGUUGUUGGAGGUGCGGGAGGGAGAGAUGAGGAGGGAUGGGAAGAGUGAGGUGAGGGUGGUUGUGGAGGAUGUUGAUCUGGAAGAAGAGGCGUAUGAGGAAGAGGGCGUGGUGGAUAGUGAGGACGGGAGUGAGGAGACGGAGCGGGGACGCUCGAUGACGAAGGUGGAUUCGAGAGAGCGGGCUGAGUGGGUUACACCGCGGGAUUGA